AUGGCUACCACCUCCGCAGCUGCCGGCUUGCUUGGAAGACAGUUUAAACAAAUGCAAUCAGACAAGGAUAUUCCCGGCAUAAGCUGCGGCCUGGUCGACAGCAAUAUCUUCGAGUGGGAAGUCAUGCUCAUGAUCAACGACGACUGCAAGUAUUAUGGAGGAGGCUUCUUUCGCGCUCGACUAUCAUUCCCACAUGAAUAUCCUUUAAUGCCACCCAAGAUGAAGUUUGAAACACCAAUCUUUCAUCCCAAUAUCUACGAGUCCGGCGAUGUCUGCAUAUCCAUCCUUCAUCCUCCCGAGGAAGACAAAUAUGGGUAUGAGUCGGCCGCGGAGAGAUGGUCACCCGUCCAGUCCCCAGAAACAAUUCUGCUCUCGGUCAUCAGCAUGCUGAGUAGUCCCAACGAUGAGAGUCCUGCCAACGUCGAUGCCGCGAAGAUGUGGAGGGAGGAUCCCAAGGCUUUCAGACGAAAAUGCCAGAAAUUGGUACGAGAGAGUCUAGGGGACGAAUGA